GAAACUGAGACCUGAAGAGCAGAACCACCCAGGUGGGCACGUCCUGUGGACUUGUUUGUAUACCUGGUUAGUGCACUGGGACGGUGGGAACUUCAGUGGCUAAAAUCUAGUGGAGGAAAAAGGACUUUUCAUAACAGCUGCAAGUCUGUAAGAGUUGCUAGUUGCAGAGGGCUCAAAUAAUCAUGGAUGAAAUGAACAGUGACUGUGGAGAGAAGGGACUGAGCGCAGAGAUGCUUGAAACGCCAAGAAGUAAAUUAACACAGACCCUGAAAAGGGCAGAAAGAUUCACGGAAGAAAAAGAGAUGCACGAGGCCCAAAGGGAAUGGAUUCGCUGUGUAGCUCUCACAAGAAUUAUCUAUGGAAAUGGACACUGGAGGGUGGCACAAGCAUUUGCUAACCUUGCUCACAGCUACCUGAUGAUUACAGAUAAGGCCUUCUGCCCAGGUUUUCUUGCUCAGGUGCUGCAACAUGCCAAUUCAGCUAAAGUUAUUCUGUCUAUGGGCGGAGGCACACCUCCAAAAUCCACCGAGGAAAAGAGAGAGCUUUUGAGCACAUUUCUGAUGACCUUCUAUACCUUGGGUGUAGCGCACUGGAUGCAGAAAAAUGGCAAAGAGUCUUUUUGCAAUUUACAAAAGGCAGAAUGGGUUAUGGAAGAACUGAAGGGGACAACGUGGGAAGAAGCCACCGAAUGGAAAAUCUCCGAGAAAGACCUAGCUGCUGCACUGGGCAGGGCGCGUUUGCUUCAAAACAAGCCCAUGAUGGCGAUGGAGCAUUUUAAGAAAGCGAUCGGGGCUGUCGUUUCAGCUGGAGGAGAGAUGGCUCCAGAGCUGAUUGAUCUUUACCAAGAAAUAGCCCACAUUGAACAAGUGCAGAAAAAUCACAACAAAUCCAUAGGAUACUUAUUGAUGGCCCACUGCGUUGCAUUAGCUGUGCACACAAAAUUCAGCACUGAAGCAGCAUCCACAGCAUUGCUACUGGCCAAGGCUUAUGCUGCAACCGGAGAACAAAAACAUGCAGAGACGACUGAAAUGUAUUUCACCGAGAGUCUUGCCGCUUACAAAGCAGCACUGGGGUCAGACCAUUCCCAGACGAUUAGUGCCUUGGAGGACUUCAGUAAAUGGCUUGUACAUGUAGGGAAGAGAGAGCAAGCCUAUGAUCUACUUCAAGAGUCCUUUACAGCCCAGUCAGAUCUGUGCAGCGACUUCAACGAAAAGGCAGCUGAAAGAUUUUAUAUUAUGGGUGGGAUCUGUCUAGCGGAGAGGAAGAUGAAGGAAGGUUACCAGUGGCUCAGUAAGUGUGCAGAGAUCCAGGCUGCUGUUUAUGGUCCCCGACACAGGAAAUCUAAAGAGAUCCAAAAACUCUUGAAGCUUCUGGAGACGUCUUCUGUUGUACGUGAAGGCUCCAGACAGCUGACCCAGCAACAACAGAAGGCAUCAAGUCAAACAUUGUGUUAAUCUCCUGGGUGGGCUCAGCCCGCACUGAACCAGUUGCUGGAGACAGGACAACAAUCGAUGCAUGACUGGACGAUGCAGAUACAGAGAAGCCUGCCCACUGAACCAUCUUGUUUGACCAUUGUGGGGAGGGGGGGGGGGGCUGGUGUAAAAUCCUCGGGCUUGCUGAGCCCAGACUCAGUGCAUUGUGCACACAUCAUGUUGCCGUGAGGAUGAAGAGAAUAAUAAAGUCUGCCAAA